AUGGACUUGUUUGAGACCGAGUCGACGGAUGAGCGAGUGGCCGAGUUGGAGGCGACGAUUGAGCAGCUCAAGGCCAAGAUGGAGGCGGAAGUGGCUGCAGUGCACGCGUCGCACAAGGCUAAGGCUGCAGAGAAGGACAAAUUUGUGAUGGAGAACGUGCAGUUGUUGAACGACCAGCACACGAUGGAGCUUACUCGGCUCAACAAAGAGGCCGAGGAGCGCGAUGCUGAGCUCAAGUCGCUCCGCUCCAAGCUUCGGGGAAAGGACGACGAGAUCAAGAUUGUUCAGGCCAUGGUGGCCGAGGCUCAGGUUGCGCACAACGAUGCCGUCGCCCAACUUGCCGCAGGCAAGGAGGAGGCAGCGCGUGCCGUGACACAGGCUGCUGCCGACGCUGCUGACGCCAGUGACCGUGCAACAAAGGCCGAGGCCGAGUUGAAGAGCGCGUGCAGCAAGCUCGACGCCUCGACUGCCGAGAAUGCAAAGCUGCUGACCGAGCUGGAGGCCGCAGCAGCUCGUGCCGCCGAUGCCGGCGCUCGAAUCCAAGAGCUUGAGGCCGAGCUCAAGGCCGCACGCACGGGCGAGGCGGAGACCAAUGCCCAGAUGGAGCGCGCAGCCGUGACCGAGGCCGAGCUUGAGACUGCCACCUCCCGCGUGCAAGAGGUCGAGGCCGAGCUCGAGUCGCUGCGCUCGCAGCUGGCUAAGGCCGAAGCCGAGAUGGCGGCCACCCGCGCCGCGGUCGAAUCAUCCGGCUCCCGCGAGGCGGAGGCCAAGGCCGAGCUCGAGUCGCUGCGCUCGCAGCUGGCUAAGGCCGAAGCCGAGCUGGCGGCCACCCGCGCCGCGGUCGAAUCAUCCGGCUCCCGCGAGGCUGAGACCAAGGCCGAGCUCGAGUCGCUGCGCUCGCAGCUGGCUAAGGCCGAAGCCGAGCUGGCAGCCACCCGCGCCGCGGUCGAAUCAUCCGGCUCCCGUGAGGCGGAGGCCAAGGCUGAACUGGAGACGGCUACCUCUCGCGUGCAAGAGGUCGAGGCCGAGCUCGAGUCGCUGCGCUCGCAGCUGGCUAAGGCCGAAGCCGAGCUGGCGGCCACCCGCACCGCGGUCGAAUCAUCCAGCUCCCGCGAGGCUGAGACCAAGGUCGAGCUGGAUACUGCCACCUCUCGCGUGCAAGAGCUUGAAGCCGAGCUGGCGGCCACCCGCGCCGCGGUCGAGUCCACCGGCUCCCUCGAGGCGGAGGCCAAGGCCGAGCUCGAGUCGCUGCGCUCGCAGCUGGCUAAGGCCGAAGCCGAGCUGGCGGCCACCCGCGCCGCGGUCGAAUCAUCCGGCUACCGCGAGUCUGAGACCAAGGCCGAGCUCGAGUCGCUGCGCUCGCAGCUGGCUAAGGCUGAAGCCGAGCUGGCGGCCACCCGCACCGCGGUCGAAUCAUCCGGCUCUCGCGAGUCUGAGGCCAAGGUCGAGCUGGAUACUGCCACCUCUCGGGUGCAAGAGCUUGAAGCCGAGCUGGCGGCCACCCGCGCCGCGGUCGAGUCCUCCGGCUCCCGCGAGGCGGAGGCCAAGGCCGAGCUGGAUACUGCCACCUCUCGCGUGCAAGAGGUCGAGGCCGAGCUCGAGUCGCUGCGCUCGCAGCUGGCUAAGGCCGAAGCCGAGCUGGCGGCCACCCGCGCCGCGGUCGAAUCAUCCGGCUCCCGCGAGUCUGAGGCCAAGGUCGAGCUGGAUACUGCCACCUCUCGGGUGCAAGAGCUUGAAGCCGAGCUGGCGGCCACCCGCGCCGCGGUCGAAUCAUCCAGCUGCCGCGAGGCGGAGGCCAAGGUCGAGCUGGAUACUGCCACCUCUCGCGUGCAAGAGCUUGAAGCCGAGCUGGCGGCCACCCGCGCCGCGGUCGAGUCCACCGGCUCCCUCGAGGCUGAGACCAAGGCCGAGCUCGAGUCGCUGCGCUCGCAGCUGGAGCUUGAAGCCGAGCUGGCGGCCACCCGCGCCGCGGUCGAGUCCACCGGCUCCCGCGAGUCUGAGGCCAAGGUCGAGCUGGAUACUGCCAUCACCCGCAUCCAAGAACUCGAGGCCGAGCUUCAGACCGCGUGUGCGAGCGAGGCCGAGCUCACACUCAAGCUUGAGGAAGCCGAGGCUCACCACAAGCUUCUCCAGGGAGAGAUCAGCACCUGGACCCAGGAGCACGAAUCUGCACUUGCGGAUCUCCACGCUGCCCGUGCCCGCGCCCGCGAUGCCGAUGCCCGGGUCAACGAGGUCGAGGCUGCGCUUAACGCCGGUGCAGCGCGGACCAGUGAGCUCGAGGCCCGCCUGACCACGAUGGCCGCUUCGCUUCACUCCAACUCGGCCAGCGAGACCGAGUCGAAUGCUGAGCUUGCAGCGCAGAUUGACGAGCUCAAGUCGCAACUCGCGGCGUCGCAGUCGCGGUUUGAAGAGCACGAGGCGUCGGCGCAGAUCGAGCUGCGGACGGCGCUGGAGACCCGCGAGGCACAGGCGCAGGCUCUCGAGCGCGAGCUUGAGCAGGCAAUGGCAUCCGCAUCCGCCGACGCCGAUGCCCGCUAUGCUGCCGAAGCCGACGCCGCUGAGCUGCGCCGGCUACUGGAGACUCGCGAGGCGCGGGCUCAGGCGCUGGCCCACGAGCUCGAGGCUGCAAACUCCAGCCUCGCUGCUGCCCGCGCAGAGCUGGCAAGCUCGGCCGACAACCUCCGCGCCGACGAGCACGACCAAGCCCGUGCGGCAUCGGACGCCCGCGUCACCACUCUCUCUGAGGAGCUCGCCGACGCCGUGGCCAUGCAAGACGUCCUUCGUGAUGAGAUUGCCGAACUCCGGGCCCGCCGCGAUGAGCUCGAGUCACAGCUUGCCCGCCUCGAGGCCGACGCCGCCGCAGAUGCCAGUCUACGCGAGGACGCCGCCGCGGCGCGCGUCCUCCGUGGCCAAGUCGCCGACCUUGAGCACCAGGUUGCGCUGCUGGAGCGCAGGGCUUCAUCCGCACCUCCCGCGCCGCUCGCCAGCGAUCUCGAGGCUCUGGAGGCCGAGAUCGCGCGGUGGAAGGCUGUCGCCAACGACUCGGCGUCCAACCAGAAGGCGCUGCGGAGCCAGGUGGCGGCGCAGUCAGCCGAAAUCGAGGAUCUCGCCGCAGCGCUCGCCACUCUCCGCGACGAAAACUCAGCUCCACCGCGCUCGCUCCUCGCCUCGCCGCAGGCGAGCACCGAGCUUCGCGACAAGUAUCACGCCCUCAUUGCGGAGCGCCGCAAGCAGCGCGAAGCGCUUGCCGCCGCCCGCAAGCAGGUCGCUGUCCUCGAACACGAGCUCGCUGUCCUCCACGAGUCGCGCAAGGCGCUGGUUCUCAACGCCGCCGACGACGCCCGCAAGAUCCGCUCCGCUGCCCAGCGCCAGAUAUCCAUCCUCAAGGCGGAACUCAGCUCCGCGCAGGAAGCUGCUGCCCUUGCCGAGCACACCGUCACCGAGCUCCGGGCCUCGCUCGACCGUGAAAAGCGCACCGCCUCCUCCCUUGCUCGCAAGUUUGAGGCCCGCAUGGAGAUCCUCAAACAGGAGGCCGCCCGCGAUGCCGAGCUCGCCGUCCUCACUGUCAAGGACGAGUACGCUUCCCGCCUCGCCCGCGCCGAGGCGGCUGCAAAGGCCCACGUCGAGGAGGACCUUGUCGCUGGCGCCAACGAGUUUAACGAUGUCGUCGCAAAGUGGUACGCCGCUAAGGAGCGUGUCACAGAGCUCGAGGCCAAGCUCGCGGACCGCAACUCGGUCAUCGAGCAGCACUACUGUGACUUGCUCAUCGCCCAGAACACCAUCGACGAGCUCCAGGCCGCUGCCAAGCAGACCAGCACACACACCAAUCGCUCGCGCUCCUCUCGCUCUACACGGUCAUCGCGGGCCAAAGCCAAGGCCAAGGCCAAGUCGAAGGGUAGGUCCAAGGCCAAGUCCAGGUCCAGCUCGUCGCGGGCCAAGGCCAAGUCCAGGACCAAAUCGUCGGGGGCCAAGGCCAAACUGCGGCAGUCGCAAGCCAAGGUCGACAACUCACUUGGCCUCUCUUCCCUCUCACUCUCAUCAUCGUCGAGCUCGUCGUCGAGUUCAUCGGGGCGGAUGGAGGCCGCCAUGUUCUGAGAACUCUUAGCGGUACGUUCGGGCGCAUUCUUGCGCGCCAACCCGUGACAUACGCACGUGUUAGGAAAAGUCCCGAUCCGGGAAGCAGACAGGAG